AGUACAGCACCUGCAUCUUGGGGGAAUAGCUACCGGGUGCUACUGCUGUAGCCUUGCGAUAACUUUCCCACAAACAAACUUCAUUCUGGACAACAACUUUCACGCGCUCCUUUACUCUGAUCACUUACAUUUUUUCCUCUGUCAGUUUUCACAAAAUGGGUUCAGUGGAUUCAAACCCGCUGCUCUCCUCACAGAAGUCUUCGGACUCUGGAUUGCAAGCUGUCCUACAUCCUCUCGUUCUUCUCACAAUCUCCGAUUACAUUACAAGACACACUCUGAGAACGCAGGAAGGUCCUAUAGUUGGCGCUCUUCUAGGACAGCAGAAUGGUCGAGAAAUUACCAUCGAGCAUGCAUUCGAGUGUGCAACUCAAGAAGACCAUGGUAAAAUCAUUCUGACUCCUGAUUGGUUUACAACGCGAUUAGACCAGAUGAAACAAAUACACAAGUCUCCUCAACUCGAUCUUGUCGGCUGGUAUACAGUAUUGCCUAAGAGCGGACCAAACCCAUCCAUCCUCCCUAUUCACGACUGGAUUCUUUCAGAGCACAACGAAUCAUCCCUCCUGCUCGCAUUUCACCCCGAAGAAGCCGUAAAGCCCUCGGCCGGCAGCAAGCUUCCUUUGACCAUAUAUGAGUCUAACUACGAAGCCGAUGAACCCAGAGCAGAUCAGGGUGAAGACAAAGAGAUGCGAGAUGGUGAUCCACCUCUGAAGCUGAAGUUUAGAGAAUUACCAUACUCAGUUGAGACCGGCGAGGCAGAGAUGAUUAGUAUGGAUUUUGUAGCACGCGGUGCCGGAAAUGCAACAGUAGUCGAGAAGAAGACGAGUUCUAAGCCAACAACUGAGGCAGAUCCGAAAGGCAAGCAACCUCUGAAGGCUGGCGGAGCUGAAGACGCGGGCGAGGAAAAUAUCGUUGAUUACCCGCUGGAGAAAGAGGAUGAGGAGAUGAUAGCAGCGCUCAAUGCCAAGGCAAACGCUAUCAAGAUGCUGCAAUCACGAAUUAACCUUCUGAUAACAUACCUUGAGCGACUACCUCCUUCAUAUCUUUCUCCCAACAACGCGACAAACCUCUCUGAAGCACAAUAUACGAUUCCUUCACACACGAUUCUCCGAUCCAUCCAGGCACUCGUCAGCCGAAUGUCGCUUCUAGUACCAUCCGACAAACAGGCUUAUGAGCAAGAAAUGCUUAGCGAAGCAAACGACGUGCACCUAAUGGAGCUAUUAGACAACAUGAUGGAGAGCAUUACUGAAGCUAGAGAUGCGGGCAAGAAGUAUGGUGUCGUGGAGAGUUCCAAGUUCCACUCUAAGAAGCAGAUGGAAUCCUCGGCACUUAGUUCCAGCUUUAACUUCGCCGGCCCUGGAGACCUUGCCAUCUAGAAGAGGAAACGAGGCAGGGGCACCGGCGUGCGAACCUGAGACAUUUGAUACUUUGCAGCAUAUUACCUGCAUUUGCGAGGCGAUAGAGGCGUUUUGAGAGGCUAGGUCAAGCAAGUUUUCCGAGGGUUGCGUUGCGUUGAACACCGACCACCCAAAAGCAAGUUACGACAGGGGUAUGAUUGUAAUGAAUAAGGCUGUAAAUGCCAGGCCUCGUACUAUUUACGAUAAUAAACGUUGGAGUUUAUUAA